CUUACCCAACAAUUUCCGCAAAUCCUAGUUCAAAGCUCAAUAAUCAACAUUUUGCUGAUCUGCUAGAUAUAAAUAUUACCUGAAAGAGUUGGAAAAGUAGAUUGAUCAAUGCAUUAUCUAGACGAGAAGCUAAGUUUCAGUGGCAUAUGAUAAAGGCAAAUACCUUUUAUCUCCCUGGAUCGGAGCCAUUUCCAAGCUUCUUUAGUUGCAGGUUAAGGAGCUUCAGGAUUUCGGCAAUGGCGCCGCCGGUGCUUGCAUUGGCUCUACCGUCUGAAACUGGCAGAGUCCUUAGUAUACAGUCUCACACGGUUCAGGGGUAUGUAGGCAACAAAUCAGCCGUAUUUCCUCUCCAACUAUUGGGCUAUGAUGUGGACCCCAUCAAUUCCGUGCAGUUCUCGAAUCACACAGGAUACCCAACUUUUAAGGGGCAGGUAUUAAAUGGAGAUCAACUAUGGGACUUAAUAGAAGGUCUUGAAGCCAAUGAUUUGUUAUACUAUACACAUUUAUUGACAGGUUAUAUUGGUUCUGUCUCCUUCCUGAACACUGUGCUUAAAGUUGUUGAUAAGCUCCGGGCAAUCAACCCCGGACUUACAUAUGUCUGUGAUCCAGUGAUGGGUGAUGAAGGAAAGCUUUAUGUCCCUCAAGAGCUGGUUUCAGUGUAUCGUGAGAAGGUUGUUCCUGUUGCUUCAAUGUUGACACCUAAUCAGUUUGAAGCAGAACUUUUGACUGGCAUCAGGAUUGUAUCCGAACAAGAUGGACGUGAAGCUUGUAAUAGACUACACACUGCUGGACCCCCAAAGGUUGUGAUAACAAGCAUGAACAUGGACGGGAAUCUUAUUCUUAUUGGCAGUCAUAGAAAAGAGAAGGCCCUGCCUCCUGAGCAGUUCAAGAUUGCGAUACCCAAAAUUCCUGCAUAUUUCACGGGAACUGGAGAUCUAAUGACUGCAUUGUUACUUGGAUGGAGCAAUAGAUACCCUGACAAUCUUGAGAAAGCAGCAGAGUUGGCUGUAUCAAGCUUACAGGCACUUCUUGUGAGAACAUUAAAUGAUUAUCGAAGGGCUGGAUAUGAUUGCCAAUCAAGCAGUUUGGAGAUUCGGUUAAUUCAGAGUCAAGAUGACAUUCGAAACCCAGAAGCCAAAUACAAGGCAGAAAGAUACAAUUGAAUGGAUGUAAGAAUGGAGAUUUAUUCUGGGACCAUUCUGAUGGAUACAGGAGCCGUUAACGGUACCAAGUCAUUGCAGUAAAAAAGAAAAAAUUGUAAGCUUGAUAUAUCACAGAAGGAAGGCUUGCCAAACUUGAAUGGCUUAUGCCAGCACAAAAAUAAAUGAAGUGUCUAAAAGAUCUUCUGGAAAUAAACAAGAUGGAACACUACCUGCCAAUGUGAACAAGUCGAGAACAUGAUGGAAUCUUCCUCUUUUGAUUGUCUCAAUGAGUAUCCAGUGGAAUCUCUGACUGGGUUUUGUGGCUAACCUACCACACGUUAUACGAACAUGAAUAUGAGGAAAAACCGAAAGAUGAACAAGUCGAAAUGAUUGGUGAUGAAGAAAAUCAUAGGUAGGGUAGCUUUCAGGAGAUUAAUGAAUGACCUUCUCUCCUUUCACUUUGAAAGCAACUCUUCAAUACUACAUUCCAAACAAUGUGCAUGUUAUGAUUCUAUUUUAAAACUAAAAGAAA